CCUGAACCAUCCAUUUCUGACACCAUGAUUGACUAUACCAACUACUAUGGUAGCUAUGGGUAUGGUGGGCUUGGCUGUGGCUAUGGCUGUGGCUAUUGUGGCUAUGGAGGCUACGGAAAUGGCUGCUGCCACCCAUCUUGUUAUGGAAGAUACUGGUCAUAUGGUUUCUACUGAACAAUUCUAGAGCUCACCAGAUUUGUAUGCUUGUGAAAUUUGGAUUCUCAGGCUGCUCUUGUUCAUCU